CGUGUCCAGUCCCCAGAUGGGGUGAAGAGGAUCACGGCAACAAAGAGAGAAACAGCUGCAACAUUUUUGAAAAAGGUUGCAAAGGAGUUUGGCUUCCAAAAUAAUGGCUUCUCAGUUUACAUCAAUAGAAACAAGACUGGAGAGAUAACAGCAUCAUCUAACAAAUCCCUCAACUUGCUAAAAAUCAAGCAUGGCGAUUUGUUGUUCCUGUUUCCCUCGAGCCUUGCUGGACCCUCAUCUGAAAUGGAGACGUCAACCACAUUGGGGUUAAAGGCCUUUGGAGCUCCCAAUGUGGUGGAAGAUGAGAUCGAUCAGUACCUUAGCAAACAGGAUGGGAAGAUUUACAGAAGCCGAGACCCACAGCUAUGCCGCCACGGCCCGCUGGGGAAAUGUGUGCACUGCGUCCCUCUAGAGCCAUUCGAUGAAGACUACCUGAACCAUCUUGAGCCUCCCGUGAAGCAUAUGUCCUUCCAUGCCUACAUCCGAAAGCUGACCGGAGGGGCCGACAAGGGGAAGUUUGUUGCCCUGGAGAACAUCAGUUGCAAGAUUAAAUCAGGGUGCGAGGGUCACCUUCCCUGGCCAAAUGGAAUCUGUACUAAGUGCCAGCCAAGUGCCAUCACGCUGAACAGACAGAAAUACAGACACGUGGACAAUAUCAUGUUUGAGAAUCACACCGUCGCCGAUCGCUUCCUUGACUUCUGGAGAAAGACAGGGAACCAGCAUUUUGGGUACUUGUAUGGACGGUACACGGAGCACAAGGACAUUCCCCUUGGCAUCAGGGCCGAAGUGGCUGCCAUUUAUGAGCCUCCUCAGAUUGGCACACAGAACAGCUUGGAGCUUCUGGAAGAUCCGAAAGCUGAAGUGGUCGAUGAAAUUGCUGCCAAACUUGGCCUGAGGAAGGUCGGCUGGAUAUUCACAGAUCUCGUCUCAGAAGAUACCCGAAAGGGUACAGUUCGAUACAGCCGAAAUAAGGACACCUACUUCCUGAGUUCAGAGGAAUGCAUCACCGCAGGAGACUUCCAAAAUAAGCAUCCCAACAUAUGUCGACUCUCUCCAGAUGGACAUUUUGGAUCCAAGUUUGUUACUGCAGUGGCUACAGGUGGUCCCGACAACCAGGUCCACUUUGAAGGGUACCAGGUAUCCAAUCAGUGCAUGGCUCUGGUGCGUGACGAGUGCCUGCUGCCCUGCAAGGAUGCCCCUGAGCUCGGCUAUGCCAAGGAGUCCAGCAGCGAGCAGUACGUGCCUGAUGUGUUUUAUAAGGACAUAGACAAGUUUGGCAAUGAGAUCACCCAGCUGGCCCGCCCCCUGCCUGUGGAGUAUCUGAUCAUAGACAUCACAACGACUUUCCCCAAGGAUCCAGUUUACACUUUUUCUAUUUCGCAAAAUCCGUUUCCUAUUGAAAACCGGGAUGUAUUGGGUGAGACACAGGACUUCCAUAGUUUGGCCACCUAUUUGUCCCAGAAUACCUCGUCUGUGUUCUUGGAUACCAUCUCGGAUUUCCACCUCCUGCUGUUUCUGGUCACCAACGAGGUCAUGCCCCUGCAGGACAGCAUCAGCUUGCUGCUGGAGGCUGUGAGGACCAGAAACGAGGAGCUCGCGCAGACGUGGAAGAAAUCGGAGCAGUGGGCCACCAUUGAGCAGCUCUGCAGCACAGUUGGUGUACAGCUUCCAGGCCUCCAUGAGUACGGCGCUGUCGGGGGCUCCGCACACACCACCACGGCUGCUAUGUGGGCCUGCCAGCACUGCACCUUCAUGAACCAGCCGGGCACGGGCCACUGCGAGAUGUGCAGCCUCCCUAGGACUUAGGCCCCGGCCCACUGUAGCCUGGAGCCUUACGCGACAUGUUCCCUGUACAGCCCCACUGCAGGCAGCCCUGAAGGGGCGGGGGCUGGCUACCCUGGGGUCUCUGACCCACUGAAGCUUCUCAGCACCGUUCUUCCCUGGAGAGACGGAGCCACGGCUGGUGGUCUGCAGGCUGAAUACAGUCUCCAAACUGGAAAUGCAGAGUGGCCCCUCCCGAGAAGGUCCCACAUGCCUCACCCAGUUAUUGCAGCCCCACUGCAGUGGAAGGACCAAGCACCUCUAAGUCAUCACCUGGAAUUGGGGUGCAGGGCCAGGUCACUGCUGCCAUCCAGCUUUCUCCUUCCUUUUUGAUGCUCCCUACACCCCCACCCCCACCCCCGUUUUUUGGGUUGGGAGCGCUUUGUUGCCUCUGUGUCCGGUUGUUCCAGGCAGAAGCCCUGCCUGUGGAGGCCGCUUUUCCUCUUGCAAUAGCCAUCGUCUGGUGGACACUCGAGUGGCCUCCUGUCUGCUUGAUCCACAGGUUAAUUUGCUGCCCACCCCUUUCCUCCUCACCUGACGUCCAGGCGCUGGGCAGCACAGACCUCUGGAGACCUCGCCGCCACCGCUGUCAACACCGGUUCCUCUUCCAUACGCUGUCAUCUUUAUCCACCAAGCUAGUUUCCUUGUGUUCUCAGCCAAUGUUUUCCUCACCUUGAAGUUCUGGCAUCCACAUAAUUCAUGUUUUCUUUUGUCUUAGCUAAAGAAAAAGCGUGAUUUCUCGGUUCUGAUUCUGAGUUACUCUUUGUUCAGUCAUGCACUUUAUUUCAUUGUCCAAAGAAAGUUGGAUCCAAGUGCACAGGCUUGGGGGUGAGCUCUGCCAGGGGUUCAGGUCCUGGGUGGCUCAGCUACCUCCUCUUACAGGGGUCCCCCAGCCCCACAUCUCCACACCUGCCCUCAGUGUGGACACAUCUGCCCAUGCCAGUAGCCACCUAACCCAGAGGGGGUUGAACGAACGCACACCUGCCCAGGUGAACACACAGUGGUCACCACAUCUCCUGGCCCAGAGAGGAGGUGGGGUCUUGCCCCAGCCUGCCAGACCUCAGCUCACUUCCCACCAGUCUGCUAAGAUGUAGGUGUUUUUGCUGUGGCUCUGCCUUGGGCUGACAGGUGUGCACUGCUGGGUUGGAUUAGCAUUACCCUGGCCCCAGCCCUGCAGUAGAACCUAAUAAAAGCACCUGAAGUGAC